AUGGUGGGCAGUGCAAACAGUUCACGAGGCGAUUCUAAUGACAAAUACGCCAUUCCCUCCAUUAACAUAACCACUGAUUCGUCGACUCCGGCUCUGAUCAUUUUGCCAGACGUCAACCACAACGUGUCUACUUUACAGUCUCCAGUUUCAGCAGGACUUCUCUCUCCCAUCUCUUAUAAUCCUCGUUCAUCCUACGAUGGUCCUCCCUCUCCUGCUUUUUCUGACAUCUCGGAUACUGCUUCCGCCUUGACGACUCCCAUCUCCCACACUUUCGAACCAUUUUCUUCUGUGCAUUCUCAAUCAUCUCUAGCGCUUCGCGACAACAAGCUUGAACAAAAGUCAGGCAUGUCUUUCCUCGGGCUUCUGAACCCAUACGAUAUGUCGUCCUCUGGUCUCUCACACCAUCGGAAACCGAGCAAUGCAACCUUCUCAAGCAUGACCGAAACCGAAGGGGACCAUGCAGAUGCAUUUGAUCUUCUGCACCGUAUGAAGUCAAAUGCAACCUCCUUUACUCACGUUGACUCUCAUUCCAUUUCGCGGGGUUCUCACAAAAAAACGGACUCGCAGGAAGCUGAAUAUCAGGAGAGGAAGCCGCAAUCGAAAGGCGAGCAUGAGACCGAUGGCGAACACAAAACCGCACAUCAAAGGGAACUCGCUCAAGAUGAAGCCAUAGACUGCACUCCAUUUGAGUUUAAACCCUUUCAGCUUGCCCAUAUGCUCGACCCGAAGAGCCUCGAAAUGCUUGCGAGCUUUGGCAGCUCGGGUGGCUUACUUCAUGGCUUGGGGACCACCGCAGACCACGGAAUAACAAGCCCUUCUGGUCGGACGAAAAAAGUGAGUGAAAAGGGCAGACCAGGGGUGGAUUUGAUGACGCGUAUCCGACUGACAAGGAUGAUAUGUACCAGACGAAGAAGGAGAUUCUAG